GUGGAAAGAUUUCACUAGAUUAUAUUUAUCGACUUACGAUGCGGAUAGUCGUAAUAUAUUUAUGCGAUAUAUGUUGAAAUUUGUUCUACAAACACUUGAGUUAUUCGAAAAUAUAAAGUUAAGGAAAAAAAAUGGGAGUAACUCACUUAACGUUUUAGUUGAACAAUAAUAAAUUUAAAUGAGUAGGUACCGACUUAUGUUAAGCUACAAAAAGUUUACGCUGACAUGCAAGGUAAUUUUAAGAUGAGCAUUAUAAAUAUAAAAUAAAACUCUGUAUGAUAUAUCAAUAUCGAAUCGAGUUGCACAGGUCCUGCCAUCUUUCGGGCUAAGCACAAUAACUUUAAAUGUUACUCGGUCGCAACCAACUUGGCACAACUGAAUAUCGUAGGUGUUGAUAGCAAGCGCGUGGCCACAUAGUUCCAUCGACUUAGGCAGAGGUCUCUUUUGGUUUGUACUGUGCUUUAAAUCACUCCCCUACUUGUUUUUGAGUCUAGUCAGUGUGCCGAAUGAUUAAAUAUUAGAUACAUUUUAUUGCAAAGGUCGAUUUAAUACGACCGUUUAAUUAAUUCAAGUUAGCAACUUCAACUUUAUUUUAGUAUUAUUUAUUUGAAUAGCAACAUUAAGCUUACGAGUUGUAAUGACGUCAAUGAAAAUGUCAUUUUCUUCGUGACGUCUCCCUAAUUUUCAGGCUUUUUCAGUAAGUUUUAUGAAAAAUCGAUGAAACAUGAAUAGUUCUGUGUUUUCUGAGCGAUAAAUUGUACAACAAAACCUAAUAAUGGAUGGAGCUAGUGAAUACGAAGAAAAUGAGUACCCUAUUUGGCAAGAACCACGAUGCGAGCCCUUGGGAGCGCCCAAGGAAAUUCUUUGUGACGAAAACUCCCAGGAACAAGCUCAAGGAGACAGACUACAUGCAUUGGAAGAAGAGCAAGAAAUUCUAUCAUCGUCGGUGUUUUCUUUGACAUCACAUCUUGCACAAGUUGAGUUUCGUUUACGACAAAUUUUAAAAGCCCCGCCGGAGGAGAAAGAUGUUAUGUUAAAAGCUCUCGAAGAGUUCACUUCUCGUGGUGUUCCUGAUACAAGGACUGCACCUCAAGGUAGUUCUGGUGACGCAUCGUGCAGUGAAUGUUUAGAGUUAGAACGCAAAAUUAAAAAGCAGCGCACGAAACAAGCGCACUUUAUAGAAAGGCUUAAAACUCAGUUGAAGGAGCUAGAACGAUUCGCUGCUAACCCUACUUCGACUGCUACUGAUAGUAAACACCGGACAUUGAUUGAUCAUUUAAAAAGUGAAAUAGACCAGAAUUUAGAGGAAGGAUGCCAUCAACCAUUAACUGCAGAAGAGCUGAGGCAUCAGAUAAACUGUGCUGUCCGUCAAUAUGCUGACAGGCAAUUAUCCAAAGAUGAAAUUAUAAGUAAACUGCAGGCACAUAUAGAGGACAUGCAAAAGUUUAUCAAACUUAUGAAAACUGAAGAACUGAAAAACAAAAAGCUCAUACCUGAAGCCAAGAACAUUGGUAAAUCUGAAAAGUUUGAGAAGACCUUCAACCGGAGUAAAAGUAAUGAUGAUUUGAGGGCUGAAACUAUAAACUUAAUGAGGAAAGCGUCAACUUUGAUACAGAUCUUCACUGUGUCACAAUUUGGUUGUUCUCCAAAUUCAAAUAGGAAGUAUGAAGGCAAAUCAUCAACAAUUGUUACACAUUGGGGAAACUUGAGAGCAAGGCUUGAGAUGUCCGUGGAUGGUGUAUUACAUUUAGUGUCCAGAGAGAGACCUUCCCACACUAUGAUAGACAACUAUGACAGUGAAUCAGAAGAAGGUGCAAUCAUCAUCAAUGAUGCUCCGCUCACAACAGCUGUGCGCAGACACUUGGCUGUUAAUCUGAGAGACCUGCUGCAGCACGGGCUAACAGGACCUGAAUCAAGUUCUCUUGUCCCUAUUAUAGGGUGUUUCCCUGUAAGAAGAUCAUCCACUUCCCGAGCUACACAUAUCUGGGAGUUAAUCCUCCGUUACUAUGAGCUUAAUGAUGGGGACCGGUUUAACUCAACUCCGGCAAGAAAAUUAAGUCAAAGUUUUAACUUAGAUAUUGUUGGUGGAACAGCUAUUACUAAUAAGCAAAGUUUGUUAAGUGCUAUUGGCAGUAUUGUGGCAUCUCAUACACCUUAUAAAAGGAGCUAUGAUGCUCAUUUCAAAGCCUUUGUUUGUGCAGCUUUGAACUCACAUAAACUUGUGAUUUGGUUAAAUAUAAUUCUCAAAAGCAGGUCCUUAAUAGAUGCCUAUUACUCUUCAACAAGUUAUGUUGUAAACACAGGUUUUCAAGAUGCUCUGCAAAGUCUGGACCGUUUAACUCCAUACAAUUUUGAAUUACCUGUAGACCUUGCUGUGAAACAAUUCCAAAAUAUCAAAGAUGUAUUUAUGUAGAUUAAGUAUUUUUUUAAGAGUACAAUUUUAUACAUAAUGUAUGUACACUGUUUUUGAAUGUGGUAAGAGGCAAUGGUGAUCUUGAGUAUAAAUAAAACAAGAGAAAAUAUAUCCCUGUUACAUAACUUGUUCAAUGUCUAUUCUAUAGAUUAUGCACUGUAAAUUACUGCAAUAACAACUAGUCUGUAAAUGUUACCAAAACCUUCCAUUAUUUAAAAAUAUUUAUAUAAAAUAACUAACUGUCCCCAGUGUAAAUUGCUGACAAAUACCAUAGCAUCUUGCCUCAUUCCAGAAAGCAGGCUUAUGAUGCCUUCCAUAAUAUCAAAUCAUGCUCUAUGCAUUUAUUAUAGUCUAAAUCUAGUCCAAUUAUAAUCUGAAUUAGUCUUAUUCCACCUAUUGAAGUAAAUUUUAAUUGUAUAUUCAUUCUUAGUGUAAUGUUAGCUAAAUAUUUGAAAAGGCAACAUUUAAUACUGUUGGAUUUUAAUCUAAGUUGCAUUAUGAAUAUUGUUUGAAAGUAAUGUAAAAAACUAUAUGAUUGCUCUUGGCCUGUUAUUGUGACAAAGAUUCAAGCUGUAUGACAGGGUCUAAUGUGUAGGUCAAAAAUCCCUAGGUUGAAAUGUGGUCUGAAUUUCUAUUAAAAGAAAAUAUUUUUCAAGCACUCUUGGAUUCGAUAACCUGAUGUACCUCAUAAUAUCUGAAAAGUGCAUUGUCGUCUAUCACCUGUAAACUGCAACAAAAACUUAAGUUGAAGUAACUUAUACAAUUUUUGUUGCAAGAUCAAAAUACAUUCCAAAAAGAUCUCGCAUGAUUGAAUCUGUUGAGAUAAAUUAAUAUUGAUAAUUUUAUGGACAAAACCAAAGAUAAUGUAGUAUUAAUUGUGUGUAUUAUAAUGCUGUUAUCAUUAAAUCUAAUUAUGUAGUUGAAGCAUUAAUUUUGUCUUUUAUUUCCUUUUUAUAGACUUGGUUUAUUGGGCAAAGUUAGGCUUUGAAAAUGCUAUUGACCAUACAAACUAUACCCAACCGGUCUAUAUUGGAAUGAUCCAGACUCGCGUCGCACCUGCGACCUCUGUCGAAUCACACGUUCCGUUGCGCCUAACGCAAACUACCCUGCUAGAAAACCUAGCGGGCGUGGAAUUAAGUGGUACUCUGUAAGCUGUUUCGGCAGGCUUCCACCGAAAACUACAGACGAUGUGCUGGGGAGAGGUCUAUCAGUUCUAAGUCCCCAAAAUGUGACUCUGGAUUGCAUGGUUUGAUUUGUUUUCUUAAUUUGUUUACCACUGCGCACUUGAGAUAGGCAUCGUGGAAUAAAAUUUUUGCUUGGUUUGUUUCGCUGAGGCAGCUCAUCAUUUCAAGCUUAAUCACAAACUGUUUUUAGUGGAACAAAGUUGGACAUGAACAAGAUGAUUCUUUACUUGUAGCUCUUUACAUGUGAGUGUUUCAUGUGAAUGAUUCGAUUAGGUAUGAUUUCGGUGGUAUAAAUAAAAGAAAAGAUUAUUCGAACUUCAUUUAUAUUGCGAAAAAAAAAAUAAGUACUUCAAAAACCAAUUUUAAAAAUCAGGUCCUGAUGUUAUAUAAAUGUGUUCGUAACAAGUGGAGUAACUGUAAUAACAGUCCAUGCGGUAAACGACG